AUGGCGCUCUCUUCGGUAUCGGAGGACUUUCUGGAUGCUUUUCAGCAAGCCUUCCAAGAAGCGACAGCACAGGCGAGCAAAGAGAGACUCGACAGGGAAAAUGCCGAGCAGAAAUAUCUUUGUCUAGAGAACGAGAUGAGAGAAUGCAAAAAGCAAAGUGGUGCCCUACGGGAGCAAGUUGCGUCUCUCCUCGAAAAAUGCAAUGCUCUUGUUUCGGAAAACUUGAAGCAAAGUACGCAGUUGAACGAGGCGAAACAGCAGUACGAGGAUGAAAGGAUUAAAGCGAAGAUGUUUCAAGACGAGGUACAGGAAAAGCUUCAGAGAGCAGAAGCCCUCAAAGAGACUCUGCAGUGUGCAUGGAAGCAAUUGAGUGCAGCUCGGGCUGCCCUGUCAGAGACGGAACUGGCCGCGGCUCAGAGUAAGAAGGAGAAUAAACAGCUCCGACAAGACAUUUCAAUAGAAAAGAAUCGCUGCAACGCUCUUCACGGCGAAAUGCGUUUACUAGCCGAGCAAAGGAAGUCCGAAACAGAGCUUUGUCUUAGCCUUAAAGAGCAACUACGGAAUUUCCGCCAUCUCCAGCAAGCUGCCGGAGAUAUUGAUUCGGACAACGCAAGGUUGAGGGAAGCGCUUUCUCGAUGCCAAGAAGACAUUUGCAGUUUGCGAAUGGUUGAGCAGAAAUUCGCCUCCUGUAAAGCCGAGUUGGAGAAUCUGAAACAAGUAAACACCCAAUUCGCGCUUCAGAUCCAGUCACAGCAGAAACAAAUUGAAAGCUUCCAAGAAAAACAACGACAGGCAGAAGCAGAAUCCGCAAGACUGGGCAUCGAGCUGAAAACUGAGAAGCAGAAAAGCGAGGAAUUGAAGGCGACUAACGAACUUGAGCGACUUCGGUGCGAACUGACCAAUGAGAAGAAAACAGCGGAGCAGCUGAAAGUACGUCCGUCGGAGAGAGAAAGAGAUCUUUUGAGACAAUGCUGUGCUACGACCCAGCAAGUCGAGGAGGAGAGAGCGGUGCAGAAGCGACAGAUGGAAGAGAUUCAUAAUCUCGCCAGAAGAUCAGAAGACCAAAACUCUCGCCUGCAGCAACAGAUUGCCGAGGCAGAAAUGCGGCGGCGUCAGGAGGAGGAGGAAGUUCACUGUCUAUCUCAUCGUCUAGCAGAGCUAGAGUUGAAGCUUACUCAACUAGGAGCUGAUUUCCGAGCCCAGAGCAACACUCUCCGAUCUGCACAGGUAUGUGGCAAGCCACAAAAACAAGCCUGCAACCAAAUGAAUAAUUACAAGUAUCACUCAAAAAAAAUUCAACACCGCCAGCAAGUGCCGAUUUCGAUUAACAUUCAGGAAGAAGUGCGACUCAAAGAACAGACAAUGAGAGACGUGAGAGCCUCCGAGAAAACACUGCGCAGUAGGCUCCUUCAGACGGAGGAGGACCUGUCUGCGUGCCAGGGCAUGAUCAAGGUUCUGGAGCGGGAUAAAGCGGUCUUGCUCCACUACGAAGCCCAGUGCGAGAAACAAGCUGAACUCUUGCAGGAAUUGCGGUCGCGACAGCGUCAACAUGAGGAGGAAAUAAGCUUAUUGAACGAAGAACUCCAACAACGACAGCUUUAUCAUCAUGAUGCAGUGAACGCGCUCCACAACAGGUUGUCGGACCAGAUGACUAGGGAGAAGGGCCUAUCGGACGAGGUUGACCGAAGCCACCGAAGACUCGAAGUUCUUCAGAUCCAACUGGAUGAGGCAGAGGCGCGAGUUGAGGCGCUAAAGGUAGGUAUUCAGGUAGUCGCGGUGAAUGUUCCUCAGGACCGUUUGAUAUGGCUGAGUGUCUGCUUUCACGAUCUACACGGGAAAAGGGUUUCAUCAGCCACAAGAGUAACUGCAUGA